AUGUCAGAAGAAGAUAUUAUUGAUUUAAUAUUAACAUUUAAAAAUAAUUCUACACAAGAUAAUAUUGAUAAACGUAUUCAACAAGUUUUAUUACCAUCAAUGGAUUCAAUUCAAAAAUCAAAUGAAUAUUUUAAAAAAGUUUUAAUUAAUAAAUUACAAAAUAAUAUUGAUAUUUAUCCAAUAAUUAAUUCAUUUAAAUUAAAAUCAAAUAUAAAACAAAAUGAUUUUGAUCAAUUAAUUAAAGAAUUAAUUUUAAAUGUUAAUUCAAUUAAUCAAAUAUCAAUUUGUCAACAAUUAUUAACUUUAAUCAAUAAUAAACAAGAUUUAGAAUAUAUUAUUGAAUCAUGUCGAAUUUUUAUAAAAUGGUCUAUUACAAUGAUUCCAUCAGAAAUGAUUAGAAUUUUGGAAUCAGACGAAUCAUUAUCAAAUGCAAUUGUUCUUCUUACACAAUCAGCAAUUAAAGAAGAAAUGAAUAAAAUAAAUAUUUCAAUUGGUACUGAAUUAUAUCAUGAUCUUGAACGAAUAUGUCGAAAUCGUUUAUCAUCUCAAACACUUUCAAAUUUAUUUGUUUCAAGUUUAUUAAAAUCAGAUAGUAUUGAAUGUUUUCAAAUAGUUCGUUCAAUGUUAUUACGUAAUCAUAUUCCAUUAAUAAUACAAGCAGCAACUGAUUAUAUUGAUUCAGCAAAAAAUGGACAAGAUAAAUCUAUUCUUCUUGCUAAACAUUGUUUGGAUUUAGUCGAUGAUCAAUCAUUAGUUAUUAAUGAACGAAAUUUAAUUGAAUCACAAAAUAUUUGUGAUUUUUUUCAUUAUCCAAUAACACCUUUAGAAAUUCGUCGUCAUCCAAAUCCUAUACAAAUAAUUUCUGCUAUUCUUAAUUCAAAUCCUCAAGCUUAUAAAAAUACAAGCAAAUUAAUAUCAUUAUCAUUAUAUCUUCAAAAUGGAGAUAAACAAGAUAAAAAAGAUCAAUGUAUGCUUUAUAUUGCUGAACAUUGUCUUAAAAUCAAUGAUUUAAAUAUGUGUUGGGAAUUAUGUUCUUCAUUAGUUGAAGAAAAUGAUGGUCCAUCAUGGAAAUGUUGUUGGCAAUUAAUUAAUAAAAAUUCAUCAUAUAUUAAUCAAUCAAUAUUAUCAUUUAUUAGUUUUCAUUGUGAUGAAAUUCUAUUGGAUGAUGUUCUUAAAAAAUCAAUUUCUAUUCGAAAUCAAUCAAUACCAAAUGAAGAAUAUCGAAUUACAUCAACUUAUUCAUAUUAUACUAAUUCAUUUUAUGAUCGAGAUUAUUCUCAACAGAUGGAAUUAAAAGAAAUUCCAUUAUUGAAAUCUCCACCUAUUGAUGAAAAAACUGCAAUAAAAUAUGUCAAUAUUGAUACGCUAUUAUUUAUCAUGAUUUGUUUAGCAUCAAAUACAAAUGUAAGUCUACAUUUUAAAUUAAUUCAAAUGAAACAUAUCAAAUAA